ACAUCCUCGACCAUCAUCACACCUCCCUGCUUCUUUCUUUGCCUGCUUGGACAUGGCCUCCCCUGCUCAGCAACUGCCCCCUGGAUGGGCAGCGGAAUGGGAUCAAAACGCACAACGUUGGCUCUUCAUCGAAACUGCAACGGGUAGAACACAAUGGGAGCCGCCCUACCCUGAUCCCGAGAGCAUAGAUCCGGGCUUGAACCCUGCGCCGAGCGCGUCCCCUCCUCCUCAGGGUACGCACCACACAAAACGUCGGCAAUAUGCAGCAGGCCAGACCCAAGCGUACUACGGCGCGGAUACACUGGCGGCUGCUCCUGUAGGGCCCGCGUAUGCCGCCGUUCCUGGCCAACCCGCUCCGCCUGCUCAACUCUUCACUCCUGGUCUCGCAGCGGAGGGUCAAUUCGCGGCGCAGCAAGUCGCUGGUCAGCCUGCAGCACAACCGCCAUACUAUGGUGGCGCGCCGCAAGAGCCUGAAUAUAUCAAUGCGCCUGGAUUCGGACAAGGGCCGGCGUACCAGCCACCCGGGGUCGCUGGGCUCGCCGACCAGUUCUCACAGAUGAACGUGGGCCAGAAGGGCCUCCGCCUGUUCACGACUAACCUGCUCACCGCCCCUCCUGAACCUCUGGAGCUUCAUCGUCCUCCUCCGGAUAUCGUUCUCCCGCCCAACUCUUCCCUCUCUAAUUCUCCCUUCGCGAACGCCGAUGCGUCUUACCAGAGGUGCACGCUUAAUGCGAUCCCGACCUCUAAUUCCCUCCUUACCAAAUCAAAGAUUCCUCUUGGCUUGGUGAUUACUCCCUACCGCUCGCUGAAGGAAGGAGAUGAUCCGGUUCCCCUUGUCACGGAUACGGUCAUCGCUCGUUGCAGGAGGUGUAGGACGUAUAUCAACCCAUACGUGCAGUUUAUUGACGGCGGUAACCGCUGGCGUUGCUGCAUGUGUUCCAUGUCCAAUGAGGUGCCGCAGCUCUUCGACUGGGACCAGGUCCGUAAUCAGCCUGGUGACCGCUGGGCCCGCGCGGAGCUCAAUCACGGCGUGGUCGAAUUUGUCGCGCCGACGGAGUACAUGGUCCGCCCGCCCCAGCCGGCCGUGUACAUCUUCCUCAUCGAUGUCUCGCACAACGCGAUCCAAUCCGGCAUGGUCGCGACGGCGACCCGCACGAUUCUCGAGAACCUCGACCGUAUUCCCGACGAGGACUCGAGAACUAAGGUCGGGUUCAUCGCGUUUGAUGUAUCUCUCCACUUCUUCUCGCUUCCUGCUGGCUCCACGGACUCGAGCAUGCUCGUCGUCUCGGACAUUGACGACGUGUUCCUGCCCAAGCCUACGGAUUUGCUCGUGAACCUGAGCGAGAGCCGUGCGGCAAUCGAGAACUUGCUUGGUCGUUUGAACGACAUGUUCCAGGAGAACCACAUCAUUGGCAGCGCCCUUGGCCCCGCGCUCCAAGCGGCGUUCAAGAUGAUGUCGCACAUCGGUGGCAAGAUUGUCGUUCUCUCGUCCAGCCUGCCUUCUCACGGUGCUGGUGCCGUCAAGAACAGGGAGGACCCUAAGAUCCUCGGCACAUCGAAGGAGUCCAGCCUGUUGCAGACCGCAUCACCCUUCUACAAGACUUUCGCGAUCGAAUGUUCGCGCGCCCAAGUCGCCGUCGAUAUGUUCUUGUUUAGCGCUGCAUACCAGGACGUCGCGACAUUGGCUUGCUUGCCGCACUACACCUCCGGCCAGACAUACUUCUACCCGGCGUUCAACGCCUCCCGCACAGAAGACGCCGUGAAGUUCGCGCACGAGUUCGGCGAAGUCCUCGCGAUGCCGAUCAUGCUCGAGGCUGUCAUGCGCGUGCGCGCGUCCAAGAACCUGCGCAUGUCCUCCUUCCACGGCAACUUCUUCGUCCGCUCGACCGACCUGCUCGCCAUGCCUAUCGUGCCGCAGGACCUCUCCUAUGCCAUCGAGAUCCAGAUUGAAGACAACAUCACCGCGCCCUUCGUCGUCCUCCAAACCGCCGUGCUGCACACGACGUGCUACGGCGAGCGCCGCAUUCGCGUCAUCACGUCCGCGAUCCCGACCACGAACAACCUCUCGGACGUGUUCGCAUCAGCGGACCAAGUUGCGAUCGCGACGCUGCUUGCGAACAAGGCCGUAGAGCGCUCGAUCACGCAUAGGCUCGAGGACGCGCGUGAUGCACUGUUCAAUAAGCUGGUCGAGGUCUUGCAGGCGUACAAGGCGAGCAUGACUGCUGCGGGCGCGGGCGCCAGCGCGCAGCUCGCUAUCUCGGAGAACUUGAAGAUGCUGCCAGUGUUGACCCUUGGUCUCCUCAAGAAUGUCGGUAUCAGGCAGAGCGCGCAGAUCCCGCCCGAUCUCAGGGCGUACGCACAGUGCUUGCUCACUACGCUCCCCUCGCAACUGCUUAUCCCGUAUAUUCACCCGAACUUCUAUUCAUUGCACAACAUGGCGCCAGAGUGCGGCACUGUCGGCGAGCAUGGGGUCAUCUUGCCGCAGCCUCUCCCGCUCACUUCAGAACGUCUCGAGCGGCACGGUCUCUUCCUCAUCGAGGACGGCCAGACGAUCUUCCUGUGGGUCGGCAGGGACGCGGUCCCGCAGCUCAUCAUGGACGUGUUCAACCUUCCCAGCUACGAGGUCCUUCGUGGUGGCAAGACUACGCUGCCACUGCUCGACAACCCCUUCUCGCAGCGCGUCAACGCGGUCAUCCAAAAGACGCGCGAGAUGCGUCGUGGGGUGUACUACCCCCACUUGUACAUCGUCAAGGAGGACGGCGAGCCGCCGUUGCGCCUCUGGGCCCUGUCCUGCCUCAUCCAGGACCGUGCGGACGUUCUCCCGAGUUACCAGCAGUUCAUCUCGCAACUUCGCGACAAGGUCAACGGCUCAAGUUACUAAGCGUGCAUCUGUCUGGAAGGGGAGGGAGGGGACGUGCGCGACAAUGUGGACUGGUAGAGAAGCGUGCAAAUUCAACAAUUCCUGCGGGCGGCAGUUCGGGCUCUCCUUUUUCGUGUGUCGAGUAUUCCUAAUCGUACUUAUUAUUGAUCGUCCUUGUCUCCCCCUUGGACCUUUCC